GUUUUGAGCCUUUUCUCCGGAAACAAGUACACCUACGCGUGCCAACAGUCAAAAGACAACCCAGGAGGAAGUGAUGCAAUGGCUUUGAUUAAGGUUACUUAUAUGCAGUGGUUGUGGGAGCUUUUCACGGCAGAUCCACACGGCGAGCUUUUACGGCCUCAACCGCCAGCUUUACAAACGCGGCCCAGAACAGGCACUCCUGGUAGCUGCUGCUGAACAGGACAUUUCUUACUCAAGCUCUGAAUAUAAAGGACAAAAAGAAUGAUGGUCAACAUAAUAAUGUUUUGCCUGAUGGGAGCAGUUUUCUCCAAUCCAAUUUCCUUCAAUGCUGUUUUGGAAUCGAAUGAGCUUGACUCUAACUCGACUGAGAAUUUGUCUUCACAAUCAUCGGAAAAUGGAACCUCAGCUCUCUUGAGCUCUGAAGAAAGUACCUCAAAACAAAGUCAGAGUUCAGAGUCUUCAUCAGAAUCAGAAUCAGAAUCAACAUCAACAGAAUCAACAUCAGAGGAUAGGACUGAAGAGGAGAGUAACAGUCUACUGGAUGAGAAGGAUGUGGCAGACCCCAUGGCCGAAACCACAGAUAACAGCAUGGGCAGUGAGGAAAACAUUCGAAAGAGCUGGGUUCAAAUGUUUGCGACCGUCAUCCGAGACCUGAGUGCGGAGGACAAUUUCAGCGCAGAGGUCAAGGGUCAGUCAGACCAACUCACGGAAAAACCGGCCAAUAAUACCUCCACCAGCGCCACCAUCAGACAGGGGGGCGACACACACCUGCCGCUGGUGGAGAAUCCCGCUGACAGCGGUGACACCACCAGCGACAGUGCAGACAGCAGCGAAGGUGCUGCUGUCUCCACCAACGACAGCAGUGAGAGCACCAGUAGCGAAAGCAACGAGACCAGUGAGACCAGCGAGACCAGUGACAGCAGUGACAGCAGUGAUUCCAGCACGAGCGUGGAGGAGAGCGAGGCCAGUGACGACGCUUUGCUGGGACAACUCGAAACCAAAGACUGUGUGAACGGAACUCAGAGCUGUGAGAGUGAAGAGUAUUUGUUCCAAGAUAUUGGAGAUGACGCUCAUUACUCAGUGGACUCUCUGAUGGUGCCAGAUGAGGAUGAAAGGGAGUUUAGUUUAAGGAGAUGAGGAAGUGGAGUGCAGUUUUCUCUUGCCCUUUGCUUCUGAAUGUUGAAUUUGGCAUUAACAUUUUAAAUGCAUCUGAUUUAUUUUUCUAUAUGUGAUUGAUAUUUUGACGAUGAUGGCGACUAAGCAUUUAUUUGUUUUGAUGAUAAUAAUAA